UUUACUUGUUCUCAUCAUUUCUCAAUUGGCUUUUCUACGUUUUGGAGUUGGGUAAAGUUACUUCCAUUGGUGCACUCUUCAAGAUCUUUGGCAUGCUUGAGUCACUUCCCUCUGACAACCAAGACUUUUCUUCCCCAACUCUUUCUUUGUUGCUUUACUAUCCCACAUUUCCUUAUCCUUCCCCUCUCUCUCGCAUACCCUUUCCCAACCACCCACUCUCCUCUCUCUCUCUGCCGAGAAAGAAGAAAAUGGACAGAAAGAAGCCUCUCGUAUUACGUUAGAAGGAAGAGGAAGGAAGAUCUGAUCAAGAAGAAAACAUAAAAGGAAGGAUCUAGCCGACAUGGCGGAGAGGAAGUUAGAAAAAGGAAGGAUUUGAGUCAGGAAGACGUGAACGGCGACGGCGGCGAUGGAAAGCAGGCAAACAGUUACGGUCCCAACUCCCAGCGACGGUGACUCUGGGAGGGUUUACCGAUCAUGAACGCUGAUGCCCAUCUAUCGACGGAUGUCUAAGAGAGGUGGCAGGACAAAGGAACCAUUGUCGCCGGCGGAGAUUUUUGAAAGCAGCAGAGACAAGGGGUGCUGACCACUGCUCUCUGGGCAAGGGAUGAGGAAGAAGAAAUCAUCCUCGACAUUCCCGGAUCUUGCUGUCGACGACAGCUACGGCAUAGUUGUCUGGGCAGAGAGAACAAAUGUUAAAUAGUCCGCUUGGGUCUUCUCCACCUCAUACAGUUCGCCUUCUUCUCUGACCCAUUCUUACGAUCUCCAGAUUUCACACUUUCUUCUCCGAC